GUGGGCGGGCAAAGGGCGGAGAGAGCUCUCUCUCACAGCGGGCCACGGUCAAAGACGGAGCUGGAGAGCUGAGGGUCCGUUCCCCCUGUCGGUUAAAAAAGGAAAGCAGGAAAAGGCUCCGAUAUCUCUACUCUCCGUUCCGACGAACCCUAGGUUCCGUCCCUCCUUCCCUCCCCUCCUUUUCCUCGAUCCUGAUCCCUUCCUCUCCAACGAUCCGUAUUCCGCCAUGGGGUUGUGGGAAGCUUUCCUCAAUUGGCUUCGGAGCCUCUUUUUCAAGCAAGAAAUGGAGCUGUCUUUAAUUGGACUUCAGAAUGCAGGGAAAACUUCACUCGUGAAUGUCAUUGCAACUGGUGGAUAUAGUGAGGACAUGAUUCCUACAGUUGGAUUCAAUAUGAGGAAGGUGACAAAGGGAAAUGUCACAAUAAAGUUGUGGGAUCUGGGGGGCCAGCCUAGGUUUCGGAGUAUGUGGGAGAGAUAUUGCCGUGCAGUAUCUGCCAUUGUGUAUGUUGUUGAUGCAGCAGAUCGCGAUAACUUGCCAAUCUCAAAGAGUGAACUUCAUGACCUUCUAAGCAAGCCAUCACUGAGCGGGAUUCCAUUGCUGGUCCUUGGAAACAAAAUUGAUAAGCCUGAAGCUCUGUCUAAGCAAGGUUUGACUGAGGAGAUGGGCCUGAAGUCUAUCACUGACAGAGAAGUUUGCUGUUUCAUGAUCUCAUGCAAGAACUCAACGAACAUUGACUCUGUAAUAGAUUGGCUUGUGAAGCACUCGAAGUCCAAAAACUGAGCAUAUAGCCUUGUGGUGCUUAGAUUUUCCCUGUUUUCUCUGGGUAUUGAGGUGUUGUGAGUUCUGCACUUGGCUAACUGGGGUUCUGAUCUUGUAAUUGCUGCCAACUUCUUAUGUGCUGAAUGGUUGCCUGGGGAGUGGGAUGAUUCCUGGGGUUUGUGCAAAACACUUCAUGAUAUCGAAACUUGGUGGCUUGUGCUUUAUGUCCUUGUAGUGAUUUGUGUGAAAAUAUAUCUAUCUUUGCAUUUAGACAAUAAACAAUAAAUGAUUUCAAUUGUUUUC